GACACGUAACCAUGUAAAAAAUGAGAAUUUUCCUCAAAACUACCGAAAAAUGGGAUAUUAUUUUGUGUAGACUAGCAUUAAUAUUCUUAGCAAUUAACAUUUCCAAUGCCCUGCCGUUGCCAGAUCGUCCGCUAUCCUUUCCCGAUGCCAAUAGCACGCCAUCGUUGCGGGAACGCGUGAUGCAAGGCGUUCUAAAAGCCAAUCUCAAAUCGAUUGUGCAACGCGAAUACGCGCGAUAUUUCAACACAUCAUGGGCAAAUCGCACAAAUGACGCACACGAAUGCCUCCUUGGACCGUCGCAGUACUACUUGUGGUGGCUCGACAGCUCUGGCAGGAUAUAUCCGGGCCUGAAUACACGAACUUCCGUCGCACUUGAUCUUUCGUACAAAAAUUUAUCGGAACGUAAUCUAAUGGAGCUCUUGCAAAUCGUCGAUGUUUCGUCAAAAGAUAAGAAUCAAAAUAUUUAUAUGCUGUCAUUGGCGUACAACAACCUCACACAAGUACCAAAGCUAUUCCUGAGUGUCCUGAGUUCAACGUUAGAGAGACUCUCGAUGAUGGGCAAUAACCUCACGACAAUUGGCAAGGCACCAUUAGGAGCUAAAAAUACCUUCCCAAAGAUGUCGAAGCUGAAAACGAUCGAUUUGCGGUAUUGUAAUUUGGUUUCUAUCGGAGAAGGAGCCUUUGAUGGUCUUCCAAAUUUGACAAAAUUAAUUUUAUCUCACAAUUUGAUACGAAAAGUUGAUGCCGCCGCCUUCAAUCCGAAGAAUAUGUUGUAUCACUUGGAUAUGUCGUUCAAUUCAGAACUCAAUAAAAUGGAUAUUGAAGAUGUUUCUGCCGAAAAAAUGGAACCUUUUAUGUCACUGAUGAAAGGAUUACUCUUUCCCGUGGGAUUUUUCUCAAAAAGGUUGAAAAAAUUGCGUUUCCUGGAUUUAUCACAUACGAAAUUGAAUGCCAUGAGCGGAAUUGCCCUUUCUUAUCUCGGCUCGGAUAUCGAACAGCUGAGUUUGUGUUACACUAACAUUCCGAUAAUUGCGGAAAAGAUGUUUGAAGAUACGGAUUUGCGUGUUUUAGACUUAUCGGGGAAUCAAGCGUUGCCGACUACCUUCUCUAACACUUCAUUGGCUGGCUUGGAAGAUAAAUUAGAGAUUUUUGCCUUUGAGAAUGCUUAUGUGAAGCACAUUCAUUUCAUCGGAAAGUUACGAAAUUUGCAGAUCCUGAAGUUGCAUCAGAACAACAUCAAUACCAUACCGCUCGACACGUUCACUGACCUCAAACAGUUGAAGAUAAUUGAUGUCAGUUCUAAUCACUUAAGUCACUGGUACGAGCGCAUAAUCGUCAAUCACACAGUUCAGGUGCUGGAUUUGCGAGAUAAUAACAUCAAUGUGUUAUCGAAGGAGAUGAUAAGGGAUUUUCAGAUGGUUGAGUAUUUGGCCAUCGGGAGAAAUAUGUUCCUUUGCAGUUGCUUGAUGAAGGAUUUCCUCGAAAUGGCGCUUAAAAAUACGAUUCGCGCGGAUUGUGAAACCAAAGUUCAACCUUUAUCUGACAGAAAUGCACAUUCCUUGCUCGUUGAUCAGUAUGACACUUACACUCGGAUACUCAACAGUUACUUACGUGAACUCAAAGAUCAUCACGAAACCAUCAACGAGUACUUUCAACAGCAUCAUCCCAACCAAAAUAUUGAUGUUUUCGAUCCGAUGACGAAAUCCGUGAUUCAUCAAGGUUGCAACUACCAAGAUCAGCAUCCGAGAAUAGUUUAUUUGCAUGAACUUCAAAUCGAUGAAUCAACCGUGAAUAAGUUCAAAGUUCAACUCUUGGAUUAUUCGGAAGCAGAUUACCAAUGUAUCGAGUCAAACUCUACGCAAUCCUUUAAAAUAGCGGAAUUAGAGCCUUGUUCGUAUGCGGAUCGAGUUAUUAUGCCGGCGAAUGAUAUGCCGACAGAUGUGCUGAUUUUGUAUCCGUUACUGGUUGUGCUAAGUGCUUCAGUGUUGAUUAUUUUCAUCUAUUAUCGCGGCUAUGACAUCAAGUACUUUUGCAUCACUUUUCGGAAUGUGACAGUUUUGAGUUUGCUGGACAAAGAUAAGCGAAAGUUGUUGAACAAAAGAACGAAAAGUGAACAUGAUGAGUAUUUGUACGACGUAUUUGUGAGUUAUUCGGAGCAGAAUCGAGAUUGGGUGUUGGAUCAUUUGUUGCCGAAUAUUGAACAAAGGGAUGGGAUUAAUGUUUGUUUGCACGAAAGGGAUUUUAAGGUUGGCUUAACAAUUCUCGAGAACAUAAUUUCCUGCAUCGACCAAUCUCGUACAAUUUUACUCGUCAUAUCACAGAGCUUUGUCUCGAGCAAUUGGUGUCAAUUCGAACUUCAUUUAGCGCAACAUCGCCUCCUCGAGACACGUCGCGAACAAUUAGUUCUCGUAUUGCUCGAAAGCAUUCCGCGCAUCACUCGUCCCCGCACGUUGCAAUAUCUAAUGCGAACAAAGACUUAUCUCAAGUGGCCCUCGGAGAAACGAAAAAAACAUCGACAAAUCAAUUUUACGAGCCAAGAAAACCUCGACGAACAACGUAAAUUAUUUUUUAAGCGACUCAAACAAGCAAUUGUUGAAACUCCAUAAAAAAAAGUUGAAAAUUAAAGAAAAAAAAAAAGUUUUUAUAAUGACAAUAA